UAGUCACCGUCAAAGCAUCGCGUUCACACUUCCACACACGCUUCCUUCGCCUAUAAAACCCCCCAACGCAAAAACCAAAAAUCUCCACCGUUCACACGUCUCCUCUCACAAAACACAAAACCCACCACCAAACGCGGCACAUGGAAAUCGGCCCCGUCCCGUUUCUAACCCCGGAAGACUACUCCCACUUCUACAACCUCUUCUCAGACGCAGACCCCAACAAUAAUAACAACAACAGCAGCAGCAAUAGAAAGCGUAACCGAAAAGAAGACGAAGGGCACAACGGUAAUAACAACACCAACGAUAGUGACUUAAAGGACUUACUCGCUUCGCUGAUUGUCUUAGACGAGGAGGAAGCCCGCGAAGAACGAAACCGAAUAAUCGAGUCCGAACAACACCGCGCCAUCUUCAAUGCCACCUUCGACCACCAGGCCCAAUCCAUGAACACUUACAAAGCCCAAUUCGAAGCCCAUUACGCCCAAUCCGACGAGUUAGAUCAUAAAGCAGUCAAGAAAGCCCGCCGCGCGGCCACAGCAGCAGCAACCGCUUCGGUUCAGACUCAAACCGCUUCGGUUCAGAUCCAGAACCAAACCGGCUCGGAAUCCGGUUCGGUUCAGCGGAGGCUGUGGGUGAAGGACCGGUCCAAGGACUGGUGGGAGCGGAUCAGCCGCAACGACUUCCCGGAGGAGGAGUUCCGGCGGUGGUUCCGAAUGAGCAGAAGCACAUUCGACAUGAUCUGCGACGAGCUCGACGCGGCGAUUACAAAGAAGAACACGAUGCUCCGCGACGCGAUUCCGGUGCGGCAGCGCGUGGCGGUGUGCAUCUGGCGCCUGGCGACGGGGGACCCGCUCCGGCUGGUGUCGAAGCGCUUCGGCUUGGGAAUCUCGACGUGCCACAAGCUCGUCCUCGAGGUCUGCGGCGCGAUACGCACCGUUUUGAUGCCGAAGUUCCUAAACUGGCCGAGCGAGGAGAAGAUGAAGCGCGUGAAGGAAGAUUUCGAGAGCAUCUCAGGGAUUCAAAACAUCGGAGGGUCAAUGUACACGACGCACAUUCCGAUAAUCGCUCCGAAAAUCAGCGUUUCGGCUUACUUCAACAAGCGGCACACGGAGCGGAACCAGAAAACGAGUUACUCGAUAACGGUCCAAGGCGUGGUUGAUUCGAAGGGGGUUUUCAGCGACGUGUGCAUUGGUUGGCCAGGUUCGAUGGCGGAUGAUAAGAUUCUGGAGAAGAGCGCUUUGUACGAGAGAGCGAGCCGAGGGAGCUUAAGGGACGUUUGGAUCGUUGGAAACUCGGGGCAUCCGCUGAUGGACUGGGUUUUGGUGCCGUACACGCAUAAGAAUCUGACGUGGACGCAGCACGCGUUUAAUGAGAAAGUUGAGGAGGUGCAGGGCGUGGGCAAACGCGCCUUUGCCAGGCUUAAAGGGCGUUGGGGGUGCUUGCAGAAGCGGACCGAGGUGAAGCUUCAGGAUUUGCCUGUGGUGCUCGGCGCCUGUUGCGUUUUGCAUAAUAUUUGUGAGAUGCGGAACGAGGAGAUGGAGGCUCAGUGGGACUUUGAGAUUUUCGACGAUGAGAUGGUCGCCGAGAAUGGGAUUCGCUCCGCCACUUCGCUGCAGGCUAGGGAUCAGAUUGCGCACUAUCUGUUGCACCAUGCGGGUGCUGGCACUGCCUUUUUGUAGCUCUAGUUUCACUUUUCAUUUCUACCAUUUUUUUGGCUAUGCCUUCUUCUUGUAGUCACAUUCAAUAACCGAAACUUGAGUAUGAUGUUGUGUAUCUAUACGACUAUAGAUUGUGUAGAGAAUUUUUGUCUCAUAAAGGAAUACAAUUCAUUUAGUUUUUAGUCUCUGUA